GCCAGCCUGCCGGAUAGAGCUCGGUGUCCCGCGCGCGCGUAUAGGCAGCGCGGAGCCUGCUACCAUGAAACCAGCGAGGCUUAAAACACCCAGGAAACCUCCAGUGAAAAAAGGAUCCCAAACGAACCUUAAAGACCCAGUUGGGGUAUACUGUAGAGUGCGCCCACUCAGCUUUCCAGAUCAGGAGUGUUGCAUAGAAGUGAUCAAUAAUACAACUGUUCAGCUUCAUACUCCUGAGGGUUACAGACUCAACCGAAAUGGAGACUAUAAGGAGACUCAGUAUUCAUUUAAACAAGUAUUUGGCACUCAUACUACCCAGAAGGAGCUCUUUGAUGUUGUGGCUAAUCCCCUGGUAGAGGACCUCAUUCAUGGCAAAAAUGGUCUUCUUUUUACGUACGGUGUGACGGGAAGUGGAAAAACUCACACGAUGACUGGUUCUCCAGGGGAAGGAGGGCUGCUUCCUCGUUGUUUGGACAUGAUCUUUAACAGUAUAGGGUCAUUUCAAGCUAAGCGAUAUGUUUUUAAAUCUAAUGAUAGAAACAGUAUGGAGAUCCAGUGUGAGGUUGAUGCCUUACUAGAACGCCAGAAAAGAGAAGCCAUGUCUAUUCCAAAGACUCCCUCAAGCAAACGACAAGUAGAUCCAGAGUUUGCAGAUAUGAUAACAGUACAAGAAUUCUGCAAAGCAGGAGAGGUUGAUGAAGAUAGUGUCUAUGGUGUAUUUGUCUCUUAUAUUGAAAUAUAUAAUAAUUACAUAUAUGAUCUAUUGGAGGAAGUGCCAUUUGAUCCCAUAAAACCCAAGUGGAACAGUUGCAGCACACCCAUGAGGAACACAGAUUUUGUACCUCCACAAUCUAAAUUGCUUCGUGAAGAUAAGAACCAUAACAUGUAUGUUUCAGGAUGUACAGAAGUAGAAGUGAAAUCUACUGAAGAGGCUUUUGAAGUUUUCUGGAGAGGCCAGAAAAAGAGACGUAUUGCUAAUACCCAUUUGAAUCGUGAGUCCAGCCGUUCCCAUAGUGUGUUCAACAUUAAAUUAGUUCAAGCUCCCUUAGAUGCAGACGGAGACAAUGUCUUACAGGAUGUGGGCUGUACCUACCAGGGCAAUCUUGCUGGAAGUGAAAGAACUAACAGGACCAGAGCAGAAGGGAACAGAUUACGUGAAGCUGGUGAGGAAAGCAUGGAUGACGGCAUGAUGGAGUUAACUGACCUCAAUCAAGGUUCCAAAAUCAACACAUUCUUAUGCACUUCUGGGUCUUCAGAACCAUUGGUUACCGACAUAGUUUUACAGAGUUUUCCACCUUUGCCAGCAUGUGAAAUUUUGGAUAUCAAUGAUGAUCAGACACUUCCGAAGCUGAUUGAAGCCUUAGAAAAACGUGUUCGUCUCCGACAAAUGAUGAUUGAUGAGUUUAACAAACAAGCUAAUACUUUUAAAGGUUUAUUACAAGGAUUCGACAGUGCUGUCUUAAGUAAAGAAAACUACAUUCAAGGAAAACUAAAUGAAAAAGAAAAGGUGAUCUCAGGACAGAAAUUGGAAAUAGAACGCCUGGAAAAGAAAAAUAAAACUUUAGAAUAUAAGAUUGAGAUUUUAGAGAAAACAACUACUAUCUAUGAAGAAGAUAAACGCAAUCUACAGCAGGAACUCGAAACUCAGAAUCAGAAACUUCAGCGACAAUUUUCUGACAAACGCAGGUUAGAAGCCAGGUUGCAAGGCAUGGUAACGGAAACAACAAUGAAGUGGGAGAAAGAAUGUGAGCGGAGGGUGGCAGCCAAACAGCUGGAGAUGCAGAAUAAACUCUGGGUCAAAGAUGAAAAACUGAAACAACUGAAGGCUAUUGUUACUGAACCCCAAACUGAAAAGCCAGAGAGACCCUCUCGGGAGCGGGAUCGAGAAAAAGUUACUCGAAGAUCUGUUUCUCCACCUCCAGUGCCUCUUUCUAGUAACUAUAUUGCUCAGAUUUCCAACGGCCAGCAACUCAUGAGCCAGCCACAGCUACAUAGGCGCUCUAACUCUUGCAGCAGCAUUUCUGUAGCUUCCUGUAUUUCGGAAUGGGAGCAGAAAAUUCCUUCGUACAACACACCUCUCAAUGUUACAUCUAUUGCAAGGCGUAGGCAGCAGGAGCCAGAACAAAGUAAAACUUGUAUCGUGUCAGACAGAAGGCGAGGGAUGUACUUGACUGAAGGCAGGGAAGUGGUUCCUACAUUCAGAAAUGAGAUAGAAAUAGAAGAGGAUCAUUGCUGCAGGAAUGUACCACCAAUUCGUCUCCGACACAGACGAUCACGCUCUGCAGGAGACAGAUGGGUAGAUCAUAAGCCUGCCUCUAACGUGCAAACUGAAACAGUCAUGCAGCCACAUGUCCCUCAUGCCAUCACAGUAUCUGUUGCAAAUGAAAAGGCACUAGCUAAGUGUGACAAGUACAUGCUGACCCACCAGGAACUAGCCUCCGAUGGGGAGAUUGAAACUAAACUAAUUAAGGGCGAUGUUUUUAAAACAAGGGGUGGUGGACAGUCUGUUCAGUUUACUGAUAUUGAGACUUUAAAACAAGAAUUACCAAAUGGUAGUCGAAAACGAAGAUCUUCCACAGUAGUACCUGCCCAGCCAGAUGGCACAGAGUCUGAGUGGACCGAUGUAGAAACAAGGUGUUCUGUGGCCGUGGAGAUGAAAGCAGGAUCUCAGCUGGGACCUGGAUAUCAGCAUCACGCCCAGCCCAAGCGCAAGAAGCCAUGAACUGACAGUCCCACUAGCAAAAGAACAUUUUCAUUUGUGUGCAUGAUUUCUCCAAAGCCGUCCCAGGAGCAGUCUUCUAAGUCAUCUUGUGGAACUGCAGCUUUGGUGAACAUCACAGACCUCCGCUACUUCAUACACUGGCCUCGAUCAAAGCUUCCCUGAUGGUUCCAAAGACAUCUAGAAUUCACCCACUUUGUAUAAUAUAUACCUUGCUGUAUUUAAUAUUAAUAGCAGAGCAAGACUCCCCCUUUUUCAUUGCUGUACAAACCUUUUUAUAAUGCUGUCUUUUUGUAUGUUUCUUGUAUACUUUUAAACUAAUUCUCGGGAGUGUUCAUCUUAGGUGAUUAAGGAAGAAUAUAUUUGCUGCUAUUGAUUAGCUGCAAGAAUGCACUUUAGACCUGUUCAAACUUCUACAAUAAAGAUGUCAACAGCUGGCCAAUAAUAAAACCAUUUUAGGAUGUAGUUUCCAAUUUCAUGUGUAUUUAUUCACUUUCUGACAUUUAGAUAUGUGAAAAGAAUAG